CAGUCGGGUAGUGCGCGUUCUGGGCUGUAACCCGGGUCCCAUGACUCUGCAGGGCACCAACACCUACCUGAUAGGGACCGGACCCAGGAUGUAUGUUUAUUGAGUUGAGACAGAGAGAACAUCAAUGUAAAAGAGAAACGUCAGUGAGUUGCCUCCUGUAUGCCCCCCAUCUGGGGACUGAACCCACCACCUAGUAUGUGCCCUGACCAGGAAUUCAACCUGCAACCUUUCUGAUGAGAAUCCUCAUUGACACUGGAGAACCAGCUAUUCCAGAAUAUAUCACCUGUUUAAAGCAGGCUCUGAACGAAUUUAACACAGCAAUCCAGGAAAUCAUAGUGACUCAUUGGCAUCCUGAUCAUACUGGAGGGAUAACAGAUAUUUGUAAAAACAUUAAGAAUGAUACCACAUAUUGCGUUAAAAAACUCCCACGGAAUCCUCAGAGAGAAGAAAUUAUAGGAGAUGGAGAGCAACAGUACAUUUAUCUAAAAGAUGGAGAUGUGGUUAAGACUGAGGGUGCCACUCUAAGAGUUAUAUACACACCUGGCCACUCUGAUGAUCAUAUGGCUCUGCUUUUAGAGGAAGAAAAUGCUCUCUUUUCUGGAGAUUGUAUCCUAGGGCAAGGAACAGUUAUAUUUGAAGACCUCUCUGAUUAUAUGAACUCUCUAAAAAAGUUAUUGACAAUCAAAGCUGAUAUUAUAUAUCCAGGACAUGGCCCAGUAAUCCAUGAUGCUGAAGCUAAAAUUCAAGAAUACAUUUCUCACAGAAAUAUUCGAGAAAAGCAAAUUCUUACAGUAUUACGUGAUAAUUUUGAAAAAUCAUUUACAGUAAUGGAGCUUAUAAAAAUUAUGUACAAGAAUAUUCCUGAGUCUUUAUAUAAAAUGGCUGAACGUAACCUCUUGUGUCAUUUGAAAAAAUUAGAAAAAGAAGGAAUGAUAUUUAGCAACACAGAUCCUGAGAAGAAAUGGAGAGCUCAUCUUUAGUUUCAGAUUAAUGGAAGUUUUGUUGUUUGGUUUUGCUUUGUUAUUAGAGAAUAGUAUGUUCUCUUACCUAUUACUUACAGAGAAUAUAAGUAUAUAACAUUGAAAAUAACCCUUGAUAUACUUUAAAAUAAUGCCAUCUUUUUUCUCAAAUAUGUAAUUUACAUUUUACAUCUAUAAUGUAGAAUAUUUUAUCUAACCUAGCUCUUACAACAUUUUACCAAAAAUUCAGAAUCCAUCCAUUUAUCCACCUCCAGUCAAUUAAGUAAAAUGAUUAGUUUAAAAAUAAUAAAAUUUACAUAAUUUAAACUGGAUAUUAUUCUUUGAGAUUGGCUCUCUAUUACCAGUGGCCAAAAUACUGUUUUCUCUGGCUGCUUCAGUAACAGCACAGAUUUCUACGUUAUCCUUCUUUUCUGCAACCCUAUUCUGUAUCUACAGAUAAUGGCUUUGUUUUUGGGUUUGUAUUAAUUAUAACAUGAUUAUGUAUUAGUUCUGUAGCUCUUUAUUUUCUUACAGUGGUAUUCUACAAAUGAUUCAUGCACAUCAACUUUUGAUAAUUACAAAAUAUUAUACUCCCAGUUAAAGUCUUUAUAUAAUAAUUAUUUCUGUCAUCUGUGGUACAAACAACUUACUUUCCAAGUUUAGGUUUUAGUAUAAAAAUAGUCAUCAGCAUAUAUAUGAAUUAUAUACCAGAUUUUUUUGAAUUAGAGUAUUAUAAGUCAGGGCAUUUUCUAUGUCUCUUCUUUCAUAUUGGAAGAGAAGUAAUAAUAGAAAGCUACCAAACAUUGAUAAUUGAAGGUGUCUAGGCAACUGAGCUUAACGAAAACAAUGGUAUUCGUUAAGUUAUCCACUUUGUGCUGGGUGCGGGGUCAGGUGCUGGAGAUACACAGGGGAACAAAACAGCAUCUCUGCUCUCAAAAGAAGUUCAUAUUCUAGUUUUGGAGAUGCAUAUCCAAUAUGCAGUGCCACUAAAUUUGUUUGGAGUAAAGGAAGAGUAUCUAACUUGGUCGGGUUGUAGAAAGCCGCUUAGAGAAGCCUGAACUCAGUCUUAAAAGAUGAGUAAGUGGUAGCCAGGUGAAGAAGUUAGGGAUGUUUGGGAGAUGAGAAGAAUUGUUCCAGUUGGAACAGUAUAUGCACAUAAACAAAGCCAUGGCAGAGCAUCACGUGGUUAAGAAGCAAUAUGGCUAACCUAUAUAGUGCCUGUGGGUUGAGGUCCUAGAGAAGAAGCUCAUGGGAACACAGAAAUCUCACAGGAACCAAUAUGCUGACACCCACCCGUGCUUCACACAGGCUGGAGUACACACAUAAUUUAGGAAUCAUUUUGUUGCUGCCUCAACGGCAAGAGUUUGUCCCCAACCAUCAUGGUGAUUGUAUUCCUCUUUUUACUUCUAUUUUUUUAUUAUUUCAUUUUUCCAUUACCAUUUAGUCCCCUUAUGCCCCUGACCCCCGAAAUCACCAAACCGUCAUCCAUGUCCAUGGAUUCUUCUUAUUUUUGUUUCUAUCACUAUAGCCAUUACUUUGUCCUCCAUUCAGUAUACCCAGUAAGUUUGAGUUACUCAUAAGCUUCUGCUGGCCGAAUUACUAUAUACUCAACAGUUUCUAUAUUCGUGGCAUCAUCUCUGCCUUCUCUGUAUAUAUCUUCAGCUUCUGUUUUGCAACAACUUAGUAGUCUUCUAUGUGUCUUAGAUUCUAAUGUCCUCAUUGGAGAGGACCUGGUUGGUGUAAUUAAUCACUUGGGACCAGAAGUGUCACAGGAAACUAUCAGGAGGAUUCCCCAUUCAGAAGCAGUGGGCAGGAUAAGCAGUUUGACAUUUGCCUUUUCAGUGCAGUGAGGGAAGGAAAAGAGAAAAAGCAAAGGAGGAUCUCAAAGGUAGAAGAUGGGGUAGCAUAUAAGAGAAAUAUUUUAGGAAAAAAAUAGCACUUAGAAACUGACAAGAUCUUGAGAGGUGGGAAUGAGGUAGAAAGGGAGAAGUCUAGCAGAACAAUGUUUCUGGCUUACACAGUUGAGUAGAUGUUGACCUUGUCACCAGGAUGAGAGAAUACAGGAAAUGGAGUGAGUAGAGUUAGGAAAAGGGGAAAGAAACAUUGUACUAUAUAUAGAUAGGAAUCUGGAGUACCAAGGAACAUCCAAAGGGAGAUACCUACUAGGCACUUAGAUAUAUGGAGCUGGAGCUAAAUAAUAGGAUAUAUUUUGUUGCAGGUGACAGAAGCUUAGUUUUAACUAGCUUAAGCUAAAGGGAAUGUUGGUUGCACCCAAUCUGAGAAGGAUGAAGGUAGAGCCAGGCUUGAACAGAAACAGGGAUUUGAGUUUCCAUCAAUACAACCCCAGAACUCUCAACUCAGUGUUUUGAAGUGGAGACUCCCAAACACCAUGGCUUCUUCUCACAGCAGGGGACAUGGCUAUGGGCAGCUCUGGGCACAUAUCCUACCCAGUCUAUAACCAGCAGGGAAAGCUGGGUCUUCCAGCUUCAGUUUAGAAAAUCUGGGGGAAGGACUCAGUGAUUUGUAUUAACUUGUUUGCAUUCCUUAGGUCAGUCCCCAUGGUCAAGAAAACCUGAGGUACUAUAUUUGGCCCAGCUUUUGGUCUUAUGCCUAUCCCUGUGGUCAGAGUGGGUGAGAUCUGUUCUCAGAUGCAGCAGAAUAUCACAGGAAGAUUCUCAACUAAUACUAAUUUUUAAUACUAAUACUAAUUUGCUUUCUUUCCAAUGUAUAUAAAAUAUGAGAGGGGACCCCCAAAAAUGAUAUUAUCUUCUAGAGGGGAGGGUCCUUGUAGCACAGACUUCCCCAAGUAGGUGAGUGUUCUAGGAACCCAUCUGUAUCAGUGUACCAGCUGGCAUCAUUGCGAGAGGAUGCACUGGGCUUCGGUGGCUUUUUUUGGAGGACUUUCAAAGCGUUUGCCCAUUUCAUGAUGGGUAGUUUAUGAGCAUAGCUGCUGACACCCAUGCUGAGUGUUUAGCAGUUUUUGACAAUAAAUGACUCCCAUCCUCUACCCUCCCUAUUCACCUGAUCUUGCCCCAAGCGACUUUUUUUGUUUGUUUCCCCAAUGAAAAAGUCCUUAAAGGGAAACUGCCAACCUGGAAGAAGUGAAACAAAAAGCUGCAGAAGCACUGAUGGUGGUCCAAAAAACUGCUCCAGCUGAGCAACUGAAACAACUAUCAGUGAAUAGAAAAUUAUUCUAAUAAAAAAAUGAGGCAGUUAUUAAUUCAAAAAACAAAUUUCUUCAAUGAAGGAAAUAAUUAUUAACUGCCAUCUCUCUCUGCAUUUUUACAUUGGCAAUAAUGUCAACACUGAGUACAAUUUGUGCUAUAACAAGAAAGGAGGUGGGGGGUUGAGAAUGCUAAAUCAUCACCUAUGAUAGGCAAAGUCAAUAAAGUCUAAACUUGACCAAUGAAUAAAAGUAUAAGCAUCUUAGUAGUUAAUCCCAGGAAAAAAUAUAUCUUAAAAAGAGAGACAAAGGUGAAAUGUUUUUUCCUGUUGGUAGUAGUUAAUUUUUUAAAUUAGGUAUGCUUUAUUAGUUUGAUAUAAAUGAAACAUUUUAAUGUCAAAAAUACUGAUAUUAUGAAGACUUCCAGUCAAGAUAGAGGCAUAGGUAAAUACUUCACCUGCAUACACAACGACAGCAAAAACUACACCUAGACUACAAAACAAAUAUUACCCAGAACCAUUAGAAAAUUGAGCUGUAUGGAAGUCCAAUGACCAAGGAUUUUAAAAAGCCACAUUCAUCCAGAUGUGUAGGAGGGGCAGAGACGUGGAGAGGUGCUGGAAUGAGUGACCCCACAUUCACAAGUGGUGGAUAAAAAUUGGGAGGGAUACCCCAGGAAUGAGCAAUCCCAGCUCCAGAACAGACAACCCAGCCCAGGGUUCCAGCACCAAGAAGAUAAGUUCCCAUAACUUCUUGCUGUAAAAACCAGUGGGGGUUGAGGUGGUGGAAGAAACUGCACAAUUCUCAAAAGACUCUGUAAAGGGCCCUCAAUGGCCCUAGGACUCACGCAUACCCACCACCCCUGGGAUUUAGCACCAAAGCCACAGCUGGAAGGGCGUAAGUGGCAUACAGGGAGAAGAGGAGAAAGUGCAGUGUGAGUGCUGGGAGACAGCGGCCCCCCGGGCAGUCUCCAGAAGCCAGGCAGUGGCAUUGUCCCCUCUCUGAGCCCUCCCCACACAGAGCCACAAAGGGUGAAAGGGAUUGCCUCACCUGGGUGAUUACCUAAGGUCCAGCCCAAUACAAUGUACAGGUGCCUUUUCUAUAAUAGGCCAUGCAACUGCCUAAUCAAAGCAGCUACCUAGUACACAGAAACAAACACAGGGAGGCUGCCAAAUUGAGGAGACAGAAAUAUGGCCCAAAUGAAAGAACAGAACAAAACUCCAGGAAAAGAACCAAAUGAAAUGCAGAUACGCAAGCUAUCAGAUGCAGAGUUCAAAACACUGGUUAUCAGGAUGAUCAAAGAAACCAUUGGAUACUACAACAGCAUAAAAGGCAGAAAUGGAGGUUUUCAUUAAGUCAAAGAAAAAUCUACAGGAACCAAUAAUGGAGUGGAUUAAGCUAAGACUCAAAUCAAUGAUUUUGAACACAAGGAAGGAAAAAGCAUUCAAUCAGAACAGCAGGAAGAAAAAGAGUUCAAAAAAUGAGGAGAGGCUUAGGAGCCUCUGGGACUACUUUAAACAUCGUCCAAAUCAUAGAGGUGCCAGAAGAGGAAGAAGAAGAACAAGAAAUUUUAAAACUUGAAAAAAUAAUGAAAGAAAACUUCCCUAAUUUGACAAAGGAAAUAGACAAUACAAGUCCAGGAAGCACAGAGAGUCCUAAACAAGUUGGACCCAAAGAGGACCACACCAAGACACAUCAUAAUUAAAAUGCCAAAGGUUAAAGAUAAAGAGAGAAUUUUACAAGCAGUAAGAGAAAAGCAUACAGUCACCUACAAAAGAGUUCCCAUAAGACUGUCAGUGGAUUUCUCAAAAGAAACUUUGCAGGCAAGAAUGGACUAACAAAUAUUCAAAGUGAUGAAAAGCAAGGACCUACAAUCUAGAUUAUUAUAUCCAGCAAAGCUGUCAUUUAGAAUGGAAGGGCUGAUAAAGUGCUUUCCAGACAAGCUAAAACUGAAGGAGUCCAUCGUUACUAAGCCAUUAUUAUAUGAAAUGUUAAAGGGAACUGUAUAAGAAAAAAGAUCAAAACUAUGAACACUAAAAUGGCAACAAAUUCACAACUAUCAACAACUACACCUAAAAAACAAACUAAGCAAGCAGAACAGAAACAGUCAUAGAUAUGGAGAUCAUUUGGAGGGUUAUCACCUGGGAGGGGGAAAGAGGAGGCUGGGGGAAAGGUGCAGAGAUUAAGAAGUACAAAUUGGUAGGUGCAAAAUAGACAGGGCAAUGUUAAGAACAGUAUAGGAGCCCUGGCUGGUGUGGCUCAGUGGACAGGCUCAGAGCACCAGCCUGUGCACUGGAAGGUUACCAGUUCAAUUCGUACUCUGGGCACAUUCCUGGGUUGCCAGCCAGGUCCUCAGUUGCAGGUGGGAGAGAAACAGCCUAUCACUGUUUCUCUCACACAUCAUGUUUCUCUUCCUCUUUCUCCUUCCUUCCCCCUCUCUCUAAAAAAAAUAAUAAUAAUUUUAAAAAAAAAAAGAACAGUACAGGAAAUGGAGUAGCCAAAGAACUUGUAUGUAUGACCCACGGACAUGAACUCAGGGAGGAGAUUGCUGGAGAGAAUGGGGGUACCAGGUGCAGUAGGGCAAAGGGGGAAAACUUGGGACAAAUGUCAUAGCAUAAUCAAUAAAACAUACUUAAAAACAAAGAAUGCAAAAAAUACUGGUGUUACACACUGAGUAUGUUUCAACUCCUUAGUCCAAUGGAGCAAGCACUUUUGUACUACAAUUUUCUCCUGAAAAAUUAUCAAGAACUGGGAACGAGAGGUACAGUUUAUUUAAUGUUCUCUUAGGCUUAAGGAUAAGAAUCUUUAAGUUUAUAUUCCUCGGCGGUUACAAUUUUCAAGCAUAAAAUGUUCCCUGAGCAUAAAUAUUCUGACCUAUUAUCUAGACCGAAGGGCCUGGAGAAUUAGGUGAACUGGAGACUUAAAGUUUCACUGUAGUGGGAAAACCAUCUAAAGAGAACUAAACCCAAGUGUCCUGCAUCCAGCAAGUAGCUCUAUAGUAGAUCCCAACUUGGUUUUUUAGGCACAAUAUGGUAGGUUAUUAAAGAUCUAUCAGAGGUUAUCUCUCUUGUUGAGACCUAAACUGAAUUUAGGAUUCAGUAACUAACCAGUGUAAAGAGCAGAGAGAGGACUCAGCUUCUUUCAGAGUGCUCGGCCAACACCACUUUUUCUCUCUGGUUGGUCAAGUUACGCACUACAAAUUCUGCAGGAAAGCUAACAUGCAUGACAGAUCCCCUCACUUAUUUCUACUGAGGUUUUUAAGAACUUUAGGGUGGUUAAUGACCACAAAGAACUGAAGAAUACACCUCUGAAGAAAAGAAAUUUUUUCUUGAUAUACUUAAAUUGAAGACCAAUCUAAAAAAAAAAAACAUGUUGCUAUAAAUCAGAGGUUUCCAAUAUAAGUUAGGUUGCAGCAAUUCAGGGUUCAAGUAGAUGACCCUAUUUUGUGCAUGAUUAUAUUAAUACUGUAGUAUAUUCGAUACUUAAUGUGUUAUGAGUAAAAAGCAUCUCUACUGAAAGACUGACAGUUAAUUAGUCGUCCCAUGUUUUUUUACCAUUAUUCUGUAAGAUUUUCAUCCACUGAGUAUCAAUUUCUUACUUUUAAGGUGAGAGUAUUCUCUCGGCAUAUAAAUGCAACCUACACUGUUGAUAUUUUCCCAAGAGCUGAAGAAAGUUUUUAACUAGAAGGAGCUCUCUGGUUUUAUACCACAGAAUUGUUCCCAGCCUACUCGUGGAACUAGAUUAAUCCUGUUUCAGUCCCAUGCUUUAAUUUUUAAAAAAAUUAAAAAAUGCAUAUCACAAAUGACACAUCUCAAGAUUUUAUAUCUAAACCUGAAACUUUAAGAAAUAUUGUUAACCAUUCACUCCUUCAGAGCAAAAAUGUGGUCUUGGACCACUUUUAUCAUUCUCAACUGGAGUGCUUAUUACAAACGCAAAUUUCUGGUACCUACCCAGAUUUACUGAAUCCAAAUUUCUGAAGAGGACUAAGGAAUGUAAUUUUUCCAUUGGUUCCUUUCCCACAUCAAUUAUAAUUUAGCAUUGUGUUGUUAGUUUUUAUUGUAUCAAAGGUCAGCGUGAGAUACACACAUAUAAAAUCUCUGGGUUUCUUGAAUGCUACUGAGAACAGUUGUGUUUUAUUAUUCAGUGUUCUCCAGUGUCCAUGGAACAAAAUCUCAGAUUUCAGACCUAGAAAAAUACUUUUUUUUUUGGUCCUAUAAACUGGUAUGUUUCCUCUGUUGGACUAGUGCUUGUCAAAUUUGACUAAUUCUCAGAAUCAUCUGGGGAACUUUUAAAACAUACACAGCUUCCCAGACCCCAAGCAAGGCCCAUUCAUCAGAAUCUCCAGGUUAGGGAGGGUCCCUGUGAGAGUGAUAAUUAAUCGUGUUUCAAAAGCCCUACGUGGGGACAAUAUCUAGUUAAUCACCAUGUUCACUUUUUGCUUUGGCAUCCUGGAAGCUAGUCUUAAAACAUCUUUUCUUGGAAUUCGGUUAUUUGAUAUAAUUAUUCUCCUUUUCUUUCCUCCAUUGUAUUACUUGUCUCAUUUAGUAUGUCUUUAAUGAAUUUCAACUUUAGCGGAAAUAACUUACAGUAAUACUUCCUUUGAAAAGGACUCAUGGACAUGGGUAUAAGUGGAGUAAAUGGUAAUGGGGAAAAUACAAUAAAAAUUAAAUCAAAAGAACAAAAGUACUAUCCUUUGGACUAUCAUAUUUCUUGCAAUAGCAUUUAAGCCUAAAAUAAAUCAGUUAUUAGUAUUACAGAGUAAAAGAAUAUUGUGAACCUGAAAGUUUCAUCAUUCUGAUUUUAUGGAGGCUUCAUGAGAAAUUACUGUUUGAAAAGAACUCUGAAAAUCAUUGCUAUUAAAUGGCAUAUACACACUGAUUUUUUUUUUUUUGCAGUUCGUAUACAUGAUGAUUGGGUGUUCACAGUAUCAUGAGAGAUGUGCCUCUCCCAAACCUUAUUUACUACAUCAGCACAUACCCAUGUGAUGUGAAGUAGAUAAUAAACACCAUGUACAUAUUUAAGCUUUUGGUACCCCUUUAGUCCUUUCACUAUGGGCACCCCAAAUACUGAAUACGUUCUUCUUAUGUGCCACCUCAGAGAUCUAAUCCAUGUUAGUGGUGUUAACCAUUACCACCAUGCUGAAUAAUUUCCAGAUAUGUGCUUGAGCUUGACUCAUUCACCACAACCCAGGCCUAUAUCUUUUGCACU